UCCUCCGCAUCUCGCGCCAAACUCAAACAUGUCUAAAAAGAAAGGACUUAGCUUGGAAGAGAAAAGAAGUCGUAUGAUGGAAAUAUGUUUUGAAACUAAAGAUGUGUGUCAGCUGAAAGAAGAAAAAAUUGCCCCCAAAUCCAAAGGAAUCACUCCCAUGUCAGUGAAAGAGGUGUUGCAGAGUCUGGUGGAUGAUAACAUGGUGGACACUGAGAGGGUGGGCACCUCUAACUAUUACUGGGCGUUUCCCAGUAAAGCCCUGCACGCCCGUAAAUGCAGAUUAGAGGAACUGGAGAGACAACAUGAGGAUGGGAAUCAGCGCAAAAAAGCCCUUCAGCGAGCAGUUGAUAAAGCCAAAGUGGGACGUGAAGUUAAUGAGAAGAGAGAGAAUCUCCUGAAGGAGCUCACAGCAUUGAAACAUCAGAGAGAUCAGCUAAAGGCCGAACUGGAGAAGUACAAAGAAUGUGAUCCAGAGGUGGUGGAAGAGAUACAUGAGUAA